AUGCUCGUCGGCGACCUCGUCCACUUCCGCGCCGCCCUCAGCAACGGCGUCUCCCACGACCUCAUCCUCUCCCCCUCAACGGCAAACACAACCCCCGCCGUCUCGCGCCGCAACUCGACCGCCGCAUGCAACACCCCCGACAACCGCUCCAUCGCCUCUCAGGACGAUCACCACAAGAAGAACACCAAGACCAAGAAGCGCCACUGGUGGUCCCGGCCUACGCCUUCCGUCAAGGCCGCCAACUGCGGCGCUGGCAUGAAGCUGCCCAUGAACGUUGUCUAA